AUGCUGCACUACUGUCGCGACAGAGAAGACAAUCAAACGCGACGGGCCGGCUCGCAUCGCGCGAGCUCGUCCGUCAAUACCAACCCACCGUCAUCAGCGCCGUCGGCAGUUGCUUGCGGUGAAAACAUUGCAACCGAGGACAAGAACACCACACCUUCACCUGAGGAUGACAAUCGCUCUGGCGACCUUCUGAACGGCGUUGGCUCGACAAGCUCUCUUGCCAGUUCAGCCUCCUCGGUGUUUUCCUCAGCGACAAAUAUGUCGUACCCCGGCCACACAUCAUCUCUCCACGCUCUCACGCCCUUGACCAGCACAGACUCAUCCCCGCCGGGCAAGCUUCCUAGCCCGCGCUCCGCACAGCCCUCGACUGAGACUAUGCACGCGACGGCUGCUCUCCCGCAUUGCGCGCCCGCAACUAACGUUUCCAACAAUGUCGCCGAAACCAUGACACCCGUUCACACGCCGCCAGAUGCGAAAUUGGCUGUACGGCCCACUGAUGGGAACAUGGGCUCGCGCAUACUAUACGACCCCAUGCUUAUUCCGAAGACUGCGAACCAGGGCCGGCAUGAGAAGAAGCCGGCGCCCCGCUACAAGGACAUAGUCGAGAAGGGCGACCCAUCUCCCCCUCCAGAUCCCCGUUUGGCUAUUGCUGGCUACACCACCGGGAACUAUGUUAUUAAGACAGUUGGUACAGCAGCGCCCAAGUCCAAACUCCGCAUGGCGCCGUAUGUGGCGAAACCCUACGCCUACGACUCCAGGAUUUCCUGCGGUCCUGGUCCUGCCACCCAGGUGGUCGUCACUGGAUUUGACCCCUUGACUCCUGAGCCCCAGAUUCGGGCUUUUUUCACUACCUAUGGAGAUGUUGAGUCCGUCAGAAAUCAGACCGACCCUAACAAUGGCAGCCCAUUGGGAAUUUGUUUGGUCAAAUUUCGAGAUACUCCGCCUUCUCGGGGCGUUCUGCCUAUGAAGGCCGCAACCUCCGCAAAGAGAGCCGAAAAGGAGGGUACAAACCAGCGCAUUGGAGUAAGAGAAGUCAAAAUCCAGCUCGAUCGCGAGGGUCGAAGAUGCGAGAGGCUAGUUGCAAAGGUUGUAGAAAAGAGCCGCAAAGAAGAGGAGAAAUUGAGGGCCAAACAACAGGCCAAAUUAAUAGGUCCAUCCACACCAACAGCCACAGUCGCGACUGGAUUACCGGCAAAUGUUCCGAAAGGGCCUUCAGGAAGAGGUAUGCGACCGCCUGUACUUGUUGCCCCGCCCAUUAUGUCGAAGAAGCAUGUCUUCUCAUAUCUCGUUGAAUCGGAGCCUAUCAAACCGCGCAUGAAGCGGAAACCGUAUAUAUUCAUCGCCCAUCAAUAUGUGCCGGUUCUAGGGACUACGAUCGAUCAUCUCAAGAAACGUCUGAAGAACUACAGCUGGCAAGAGGUCCGUUGCGAUGCCACUGGAUACUUUGUCGUUUUCGAGGAAUCUAGGCGUGGUGAAGUGGAGACUAUGAAAUGCUACAAAGAGUGUAACAUGUCCGCUCUUUUCACCUACGUCAUGAAUAUGGAUUGCCAGCAAUAUGGGGACCCUGACUACGAACGAAGCCCGAGUCCCGAACGCGCUGCUGCAGAACGGAAGAGGAAGGUUGAGUAUGAGAGAAUAGCCAAGGAGGAAGAAAUGGAUGUCGAGUAUGAGAAGAAAGAGCGGGCAGAAGAUCUUGAUCCGGUGAACGCGGCACGUGAGACAAUCAAGCAGGAAAUGCGCGAAAGGAUUUUGACCGAUAUCAAGACGCGGAUAGCUGGGCCCACAUUGCUUGAUUUUCUAGCUCCCGAUAGAUUGGCACCUAAACGUCGAAAAUUUAACAUCCCGGACCCGCAGAACAAAGAAGAAAUUCGCCCUCCGGCAUACUUUGGCCAUGGCAAUGAUUCCCCAGCCAUGCGUACCCCAGACUCACGAGCUGCAGGCUUCGCAGGGCGCUUUGGACGUAAAGCACUUGGUCCUUACGAUCACAACCGCGUGCGCGGGAAGAAACCUCCUAGAAUUGUCAAUGCUUUUGCGGAUGAGAGACGUAAGGCAUCCGCUCCAAAGCGCAAUGCAGUCCGUGGUCUUCAUCGUGCCAUGCUAGACUUCUACGACGAUGAUAAGGAUUCAGACGAUGAAGGCCGGUCCUCCUUUACGCGCGAUACUGAAGAGCAGGAGAGUCGGCCUAUCAGCCCCGCUCCUUCUACCGAUGUAGAGGACGAGGAAUCUUCCCGGGCUCAUAGGGCUAAGCGAAGACGCAUCGAAGCUGGAUGGGGUGAAGAGAGUGAAGACGAGAUGAUGGACGACUCGCACGCCCGCAGUUUACUUGCUCAUCUCAUCCACAAAGAUCCCGAAAACAUGGCGGAGAAAGAGCUAGAACAGGUUCUUGCAAUUCUUCCCCGGUCUUCGCCCAUCUGGAAGAAAGCUGACAAAGCUCUAAAGGGUUUCCGGAGGCUUCGAAAGAUUGAGCAAGAGGCAGACGCCAUCUUUGGCACAGUGGAAACAAACACAGAAGACAAACAUGAACCUAAGGCCGUUGUUACUCAAGAUGACGAAGAUUCAUCCAAGCCAAUGGAGACGAUCGAGCCAACGGAUACCGCCAAGACAGUCAAGAAGAAGAUAGGAGUUCCGAAGACGAAGCGCAAGACCAAAAAGCAGCUCCAAGAAGAAGCCAAAGCUGCGCAGGUCCAAAUCACGGAGGUCAUCCCAGUCGAAGAAGAGGUCAUUGGUGCCGAAGAACCCAAGCCUGCCGCCCAGGUCCCUCUUGUUCCAGAGGAUAUCUCGGGAGAGGAACGAAGUUCCGUUUACUGGGGCGCCUCCACUGGUGAGCCCCGGCGAACCGUGGAAGACGACCCCACUGUUGUCAUGGACAUUGAUGGCUGGCAACACCUGCUUAAGGACGAGGAGGACCUUAAGUGCCUUAAGCACGCCUUGCAGUCGAUAGCAGCCGCAAAGAUGGGCGAUAUACAGUCUUGGGCAUGGAAACAGAAACAAAUCAAGCAUUUGAAUCGACCAGGAGAAGAAGGCGUUUCCCGAACUGAGACCAAGAUUGAGGGGUACUAUGUAUCCAAUGCCAGCGGUUCUGCCAGGACUGAGGGCGUUCAGAAGAUCCGUGAAUCCGAAAAGUCGAAAUACCUUCCGCAUCGCAUCCGUGUCCAGAAGGAACGAGAGGAACGUGAACGCCGUGCGAAGAACGAAGAACGUACCCACGCGGUAGUGGAAGGUUUCAAGUUCGUUACUUCUUCCAAGACCACUUCGACCGCGAACUCUCGCGCCAACCGUGCCAAUAAUCGUCGUUUAGUAAACGACAUCAACAUUUCGAAAACUAUGACCGGUGCCGAAGGUGACGCCAUGCGCUUCAACCAGCUGAAGAAGCGGAAGAAACUCGUUAAAUUUGAUCGCUCCGCCAUCCACAAUUGGGGACUCUACGCUGAAGAGAAUAUCGCCGCUAAUGACAUGAUCAUCGAGUACGUCGGUGAGAAGGUUCGGCAGCGUGUUGCGGACCUCCGUGAGAAGAAGUAUGACAUGCAAGGCGUUGGAUCAAGCUAUUUAUUCCGGAUUGACGAGGAUACCAUUAUUGAUGCAACCAAGAUGGGUGGUAUUGCUCGCUUCAUCAACCACAGUUGCACUCCGAACUGCACGGCAAAAAUUAUUCGGGUGGAUGGCACAAAGCGAAUUGUCAUAUAUGCUUUGCGGGACAUUGAAAAGAAUGAGGAACUCACCUAUGACUACAAAUUCGAGCGGGAGAUCGACGCUACCGACCGAGUGCCUUGUCUCUGCGGUUCUGUCGGAUGCAAGGGCUUUCUCAACUAA